ACUCGUCAGGUUCGUUCCGGACUCGGCGUCCCAUGGCCCAGGGGUCUCGCUCCGGUGGCUUUCUGCCUCCGCUCGCCACCGUGCCGCCGUUUUGGUCACAACCAGAAGGCGCUGUGGAAGAGCAGUGGGAGAGAAGGCAGGAGGGCGCUCUCGGCGGGGACUUUCGUGGCUGGCCGCGGCUGCCGGUUGCCGGGAGCAUUCCCUGCCUGAACCCACGGCCCGGCGGAGCUCGGGGAGCGCAGCCGUGGUGGGCUGCGCCGGCGCCAGCAGACGCAGGAGAGCACCGCGAGGCGGGCGCUGCAGACUGGUGGCAGGAGCCGGCAGCCGGCCGCCCCAUUCCUCCCGCGCUGCAGCGUCUCCGGGCCGUGUUGCUGCGGCUGCAUCGUGAGCGGGAGCAGCUCCUUCAAGCCCGGGACUGCGCCUGCCACCUGCAGACGGCCGUGCGCCUCCUGAGGAUCCUGAGUCCCAGCGCGACGGCCCUUGGCCCCGGCUCCUUGCCUCAGCUGUGCCGCGACCUGCUGCUGCCUUCCCGUGGGGCUGCCCUGCGAAGCGGCCUACGGGAGACUCCGGAGCCGCUACUCCUGGCGCGUCCCGUUGGACUGGCCGCUCAGCGCCUGGAUGCUGCCAUCGAGAUGCAGCUUCGGGCUCUGGGUCGGGAGCCUGCCAGCCCGGGCUUGUCGUCCCAACUUGCUGACGUGCUCUUGGCACUUCCCGCCUACCACCAGCUGAUGGGAAAAGCCUUGAGCCAAAUUCCGGGGGCAGCGCGCCCUUUCCCACCCCUCCGUGUGCUCCACCUCCUGACGGGGGAGCGGGGUUGCCAGGUGGCUGGUCAGCUAGAUGAGGCUCUCAGGGGGUCGGGCUUGCGGGACCACCUCCGAAGUCGGUGCCAGGAGGAGCGGGAGCUGCUGCCCGGGCUGCUGGGGCUGCUGGGGGGUGUGAGUGAUUCAGCCAGCAGUGGACUGGGGCUUGGAGGGGCUGGAGCCCUGUGGAGCCAGUACUGGACCCUGCUAUGGGCAGCUUGUGCUCAGAGUCUGCACCUAAGUCUAGGACCCUGGAGGGACCACAGGGCAGCCGCACAACAACUGAGUCAGGCACUGGGUCAGGCAUCCCUGCCUCAGGAGUGUGAGAAGGAGCUGGCUUCUUUGUGUCGCAACCUAUUUCAUCAGUCCCUUAUCUGGAAUUGGGACCAAGGCUUCUGCCAGGCCUUGGGAUCUGCUGGUGGAGAUCAGAGCAGCCGUCCCUCAUCCUCUCAUACCACUGAACUUUUGCAACAGCUUUUCCCUCCUCUCUUGGAUGCCCUUCAACAACCCAGGUCAGGGCUGCUCCUCUGUCAGCCUCCAGGUGAGACAAAGUACUGGGGAUGGAGGAACAGAACAGUUGAAGAUCCUGCACCCCUUGCUUUAGGGCUCUGUACCCUGCAGACCACCUUGCUCUGGUUUUUGGGUAGAACUCAGCAGCAUCUGGCAGCAUGGGCCCCAGAUUCUUUCCUGCUUCUGAUCCAGAAGGACUUACCUCCUCUAUUGCAUGAGGCGGCAGCUCUGUCUAGACUGGCCUCAGAAGAAAGUUUGUCCCUGGAGGUGGAGCAGCAGCUGGGCCUGGAGAUCCAGAAGCUAACUGCACAGAUCCAGCUCCUGCCUGAAGAGUCAUUAAGUCUCUUUUUUCAAGAAUGUCAUAAACAAGCCACACAGGGCUUCGAACUCUACAUGCCACAGGGCCGGUACUGGCGGCAUCGUCUCUCUCCUGAACUGCCCAGCAUUCCCAGUGAGUAUGCUGGGUUGGUGGUUCGCACUGUACUGGAGCCUGUGCUGCAAGGAUUGCAGGGAUUGCCGCCCCAAGCCCAGGCCCCUGCCCUUGGCCAAGCACUGACAGCCAUCCUGGGUGCCUGGCUUGACCACAUCCUCAGGCACGGGAUCCGGUUCAGCCUGCAGGGGGCGCUGCAGCUCAGACAAGACUUUGGAGUGGUCCGGCAGUUGCUGGAGGAGGAGCAGUGGGGCCUGUCGCCAGAACUUCGACAGUCUCUGCUCACACUCAACAUCUUCCAGAGGCUGGAUGGGGCCCUGCUGUGUCUAUUCCAGCAGCCCCUGCCCAAGCCUGAAGUCCACAGGAGGCCUCCCUGUUGCUGUAUAUGCAAUGAGGUCCAGACCAUGGAAUUGCCCAGCAGCAGCCUCAACAGCUUGGAGAACUUGGAGCCCCCUCUUCGGCCUGGAGCACCCCCAGCCCAGACAGCUCAGCUGCUAAGCACACUAUGGGCAGGGGGACCUAGCCCAGAGGCUUACCUGGUGGGAAAUCAGCAGGCCUGGCUUGCCCUGAGGCAGCACCAGCGCCCCCGUUGGCACUUGCCUUUUCUUUCAUGCCUGGGGACCAGUCCCGAAUCCUAAGGAACCUGGGAUGCCGAGGCAAAAAUUCAGAGCUCCCCAUCUCUGGCUGGAAAAGCUCAGCCAUUUAGAAGUGCAUGUUAAAGAAGCCUACAUUGUGAGCCUGAAAGAAAGGAUACCUGAGAACCACAAGCUACAAAGAACCUGGACUUAGAAGCUAAGAAUCCAAGAUCACUCCAGUGCCUGGAGUCCAGAGUAAAGGGCCAAACCACCACAGCCUGGAACCUGGAGGUCAGCAUCCUUGGGAGGCUCAGGCCUAGUUCCCCAACAGUGAAGACAUCUCAGGGCUAGGCCCUAGAAGAAGGGCUAUGGAGUUGGGUCCCUGGGGAAAGGGAAAGAGAAAAAGUGAUAGAAAGCAGAAAGCCUAGAUGCCACUUCCUCUUAAGUCCCAGGAGCCAGGCUAAACACACAAUUCAUCAGGAACCACAGAGGUGGAAUAGGCAUUUCUACAUUUGGAUCAGUCCCAAGGGUUGUAUUACCCUAUACUCCCUGUGUUGUUACUAUUCAAAAAAAAAAAUUUUUUUUUAAUGUUUAUUCAGUUUUGAGAACCAGAGAGCAAGCAGGGGUGGGGCAGAAAGAGAGGGAGACACAGAAUCGGAAGCAGGCUCCAGGCUCCGAGCUGUCAGCACGGGGCCUGACGUGGGGCUCGAACUCACGAACUGUGAGAUCAUGACCUGAGCCAAAGUCAGAAGUGCUGACCCACCCAGGGCCCCUUCUAUUUUAAGUCACUGAAUAUUAGGCUAAAGGUCCUUCACGUUUAAACUUUGUUUACUCAGAGUUCAAUGUGUUUGAUCUUCAGUUACUUGAGGAGGCUUUACCUCCCUGGUAGCUGUAUAAUCCCUGCCAUGGCAGUGUCCUCACCGAAGGGACCAGCGCUUGACAUGGUGUUAACCUAGAUCUGGCACAGCAACAUACGGAAAGGGAAAGACCGCAAAAGACGGACUAGUUAUCGCAGCCAA